GCGGGCGGGAUGAUGGCGGGCCGCCGGAGGGAGCAGGUCCGCUAGGCCCUCCGUCAUGCUGGGGGCUCGGGGAGGGUGGCAGGCCCUUCGCCGCUACUCCUCCCUGCCUCGGGCCGUGCGGCUGCGGGUCCGCGAAGCGCUGGGGGCUCGGCAGCCGGUUGACGAGGUUAAAGUGCAGGGCUGGGUCCGCUCUGUCCGAUCCCAGAAGGAAGUUUUGUUCCUGCACAUAAAUGAUGGGAGUUCUCUGGAAAGCCUCCAGGUGGUUGCUGAUCCCAGUCUGGAAAAUAGAGACCUGACUUUUGGAAGCGCAGUGGAAGUGCAAGGAAAACUGGUCAAAAGUCCUCAUAAGAGGCAAAACAUGGAGCUGAAAGCCGAAAGCAUCCGUGUGGUGGGACCUUGUGAUACUUGGUCGUUCCCCCUAAAAAUGAAGGAGAGGCACCCGCUGGAGUACGUCCGACAGUUCCCUCACCUGCGGUGCAGAAACAACACGCUCGGCUCCCUCCUGAGAAUCCGCAGUGAAGCCACUGCAGCCAUCCACUCGUUCUUCCAGGAUAAUGGCUACGUGCAUAUUCAUACCCCCAUAAUUACAUCAAAUGACUGUGAAGGUGCCGGGGAACUCUUUCAUAUUGAGACAUCAAAUGAGACGAGGGAAUCUGCAGAAAAGGCCCAUUUCUUCAAUGUUCCUGCCUUCCUGACGGUCUCUGGUCAGCUCCAUUUGGAAGUGAUGGCGGGGUGAGCAAAAUGGGAAGUUUUUCUCUUGAUCUGGGGGAUCUUCUCAGUUGGUAAUUUUUGCCCCAUUGGUACCCAUUAGACACCUGCCCCACGUGGGCCAGCAAUAAAUUGAGCAGCA